UCUCGAGCCGCUUGGAAUUGCAUCUUGGCGCGGCUCGCCUUGGCUCCGGCUGAGCUCCGCUCCGCUCCGCUCCGCCCCGCCCUCCAGCCGCCGCCCCGAGGCUCUGCCAGGAUCUCAGACAGGGCUGUGCUGUCAACAACAACAGCAAGACAACAGUCAACUGGCCAGUUCUCUCCCAGACCCGCCUCAUGGUACUCAUUAGGAGGCCCUGCUGAACCCACGGGACUUUUCUCCCCACCUAUCUCGAGUGGAUGGCUCCGGUCUUUGAGCAGAGAUGGCAUUAAGCAGCAGGAAUGACAGAACCAGGGAAAGUGCCGGCACGGGAUGGGACCGGGGCUGUCCGUCGCCCAAACACGCACUCUGGUGGGCCGUGCUGCUUGCCGGCCUACUCGGGGGGGCUCGGGGAGCACCCGACGCUAACUCCAGCCUGGCCCCCGGCUCCAAAACCCCAUCCUCAAAGGGCAGGUAUCUGAGCAUCGGGGAAGACUCAGUCAUGGAGUUUGAGUUCCCAGAGAAAACCAAAGGCAUCAUCGUGGUCUCUAGUUGCUACCCAGGCCCGAGUAACAGGACGGCAUCGGGGCCCGUGUUGAGCGUCACCUCUCUGGACACGGAGGUGCUGAGCAUUGAGAACGUGACCGCCCAGAGCUGGGAUAACAGCCACUUUGUGGUAAACAUCCGGUCUGGCCUGGCCGGUCUGGCGCCGCUGCACAUCCGGCUACUCGACCUCCAGAAGGUUCCCCCUAUGUUGAUUGAGGAGCGACAAGACUUUCUCAUCAAAGUCUCUCCCGUGGAAGACGACGCUCCCGGCCACCAGGGAGGACUGGGCCGCUUCUCGGAGAGCCCGGUGCUCUACAUGCUGCUUCCGUUCGUCUUUGUCAACAAGUGUGCGUUUGGUUGUAAGGUGGAGCUGGAGGGUUUGAAAGGGCUGGUGAAGAGUCCCCAUCCGGUGCUGCUGGGCAUUGUGGGCCAGUUCCUCCUCAUGCCCCUCUAUGGCUUUUUAAUGGCCAAGGUCUUCACUCUGCCCAAGGCCUUGGCGCUGGGACUCAUUAUCACCUGUUCCACGCCCGGGGGGGGAGGAAGCUACCUUUUUAGCCUGCUCCUCGGGGGGGACGUGACUCUGGCCAUCUCUAUGACCCUGAUCUCCACGGUGGCGGCCACGGGCUUCAUGCCACUGUCCUCCGCGAUCUAUGGCCACCUCCUCAGCGUCCACGAGACACUGCACAUUCCUUUCUCUAAGAUCCUCCUGACCUUGCUCUUCAUCGCCAUCCCCAUCUCUGCCGGCAUGGUAAUCAAGUAUAAAAUGCCCCGAGUUUCCAGAGUCCUGCUCAAGGUCAUCAAGCCUUUCAGCAUCGUUCUCAUCCUAGGGGGGCUCUUCCUGGCCUGCCGAAUGGGGGCUUUCAUCUUAGCUGAUGUCAGGCCCCCGAUUGUGCUUGCCGGGCUCACGGUGCCCCUGGCUGGCCUCCUGGUGGGCCACACUCUGGCGGCCUGCCUCAAGCUCUCCGUACCCCAUCAGCGGACAGUCAGCUUCGAGGUGGGCAUACAGAACAGCUUGCUGGCUCUUGCUGUGCUUCAGCUGUCCUUCCGUCACCUGCAGGCUGACCAAGCCUCCCAGGCCCCCUUCAUCGUGGCCCUCAGCAGCACCUCUGAGAUGCUGGCCCUCGUCAUCGGCCACUUAGCCUACAAUAGCCUCUGCUCUGUCACCUAAGGCUUCUGCCUUCCUCUUCCUGCCCUCGUCAGAAGUUAUCAGAUACCAAAGGCCUUCAGUCUCUAUGCACUAUGCACCCAAAGUCCGGGCUUAGUUGUUUUUUUUUAACCAGUGUUUUUAUAUUCCUGCCAGACAUGGCCUUCCGUGCCAAGGGGAAGGGGCAGGCGGGUAGGGAGAAGGGUUCCACCAGGCGAACACAUUUGAAUAAAGAGAGAGAAGGAA